GAAGAACGACUGCAGAAAUCAACGUCACGAGGAAUGUCAUGAGUUAGACUCAGCGACUAACAACAACGGGUAAUGUCUCUGAGGACCUUCCGGCAUACAAGCCGACUAUGCACCAUGCAAGUCUCGCUAUCAUGUCUCCCACACUGGAGAUCACAUACCCAAGAGCCCGAGCCCGCUGACGCUAUUCCUGCAACUCUCCCAAGAUCCUCUGUACUCAUCAAGUACUCUGUAGAGUCCGAACAAAGUGCCGAAAAGCGCAAGGAGGCGGGCCAUGCGGAUGACUGCAUCAGCGCGCGGGGAUGAGGGACUCCUUAUCGCUCACAUUGGCUGUAGAUACAUUCUUCUGGUCUGGGUUCAGACAAGACUCUGUCUUGCAUGGAAGGGGGCAAGUGGCCUGGGCUGCCACCCCUUACAUUCUCCUGUGUCGAGGCAUCAAGGCAGCCAUCGAGAUCGAGUAGAG